AGUAACUUUCAUAAUGUCUGCAACUAACAAGCAUAUCAAUGACAGCUCAGAAACUGCAGUUUUAGAAGCAUUGCAUGGUUUAUGCAGACUCAACCCACAACUCACCUUGGAUAGAGAAUCAAAGGCGGUAUACAACUCCAAUUUUGACAAGUCUAAAGUAUCACUUAUCGCUGGUGGUGGAUCUGGUCAUGAACCUUCCCAUAGUGCUUUUGUUGGUGAAGGUAUGCUCAAUGCAGCGGUACCUGGUACUAUAUUUGCCUCUCCAAACACAGCUCAGAUUUUAAGAGGCAUCCAGUUGGCAAGUUCACCGCUUGGUACACUCGUCAUUGUCAAAAAUUAUACUGGCGAUGUACUUCACUUCGGUCUCGCAAAGGAAAAAUUCGCAGCCAAGAACCCAGAAGCCGCAAGAGUUACGCGUUUUAUAAUGGCAUCUGAUGAUGUAUCCGUCGGACGUGAACAAUCAGGUAUCGUUGGACGUAGAGGUCUAGCUGGUGUUACUUUAAUCCACAAGCUUGCAGGUGCUAUGGCACACAAGGGAGGAAACAUUGACCAAGUAGAAGCUAUAGCAAACUACGUGAACGAUCACACAGCCACCCUCGGUGCUGGACUCGAACACACACACGUUCCAGGUACAGAAGCCAGCCAAGCAUACCUCAAGGACAAUGAGUUGGAAAUUGGUAUGGGUAUACACAAUGAGCCAGGUUUCACGAAGGUAUCACCAAUCCCACCAGCUUCAAAACUGAUCGAGAAUAUGGUCGAAACUCUCACUUCAACUAGCGACCCAGACCGUUCAUACGUCAACUUCAAAAACGACGGCACUGAUAGAGUUGUAUUGAUGGUAAAUAACCUCGGUGGGUUGUCUGAGUUGGAAAUUGCAGGAGCCACUGGACAUGCUACCUCCAUUGUUCAAAAGAAGGGUUACAAAGUAGAGAGAGUUUUAAGUGGUGCAUUCAUUACAUCAUUGAACAUGCCUGGAUUCUCUCUCACGCUUUUAAAACUCCCUGCUGACGCUGAGAAAGCACCUGCAACUGCAAACCAGCUUUUAGAUCUUUUAGAUUUGCCUGUCAACGCACCAGGAUGGAGAUGGCACGCAGCUGUCCCACCACGUACCGAAGACGAAUAUACUAACGACGCCCAAACGGGACUUACAAAGUCAUCUACUGAUACAACAUCACCAAUCAAGACAGAGAAUGGUGACAAGAUUGUAAAAGCUAUUCAAAGUGCAGCUGAGAACCUUAUCAAAGCUGAACCAGAGAUCACAAGAUUGGAUACAAUUGCAGGAGAUGGUGAUUGUGGUCUUACACUUAAAGCUGGUGCAGAAGGUGUCCUCAACCGUAUUAAGGAAGGCCAAAUCGGUGGAGAAGACAUUGCCAAGUACAUUUUAGAGAUCAGUGAAGUAGCAGAAACUGACAUGGGUGGUACAAGUGGUGCUCUCUACUCAAUUUUCUUCAGUGCAUUGGCAGGUGCAAUCAGAGAACACAAAUCAGACAUACAAAAAGCCUCAAAGAGCGCAUUGGACACGUUAUACAGAUACACUCGCGCUAGACCACCAUCACGUACACUCAUUGAUCCAUUGGAUGCUUUCAUCAACGCUUUUGCUGGUAUCGGCGACGCUAAGAAAGCGAUCGAGGCUGCUAAUCAAGCAACAGAAGAAGGAAAGAAACUUGAAGCCAAAGCAGGUAGAGCUGCCUAUGUUGGUCAGGAAGGACUCAAGGAGCAAGCCGUACCAGAUCCAGGUGCAGUUGGUGUCACCAAGAUACUCGAAGGAUUUUUUAAUGUGUACAAAUAAGUAAUUUAAAUUAAAUAAGUUUCGUCAUCGACAUGACACAUCUCGC